AUUCUCUUAAGGUUUGUAAGGCAUUGGCUGCUGUACACAAAUUAUAGUAGUUCUAGUGUAUAAACCAACAAUUUGAUUGAAUUUUGGCUAGUGGCUUUUUGUGGCUGUAAAAUACAUUGUUUCGCAUGCAAAUAUUAUGUCUCUCCAUCCUGAUCAUAUACUUUCUCUCUGUGCACUUUUAUCUGCAGAAAAGCAUGGGACUUGUUCCUUUCCUGUUGUUCAAGAUGAGUACAGUUAUUUUUUGACAACCCUCAACGUCUACUUCAAAUAUAAUGUCACGGCAGUUUUGAAUGAAGCUGGAUAUGUACCUUCAAAUUCUGAAAAGUAUCCUCUAGGAGGAAUUAUUUCUGCCAUUCAAAAUGCUUUCCAUGCAACCCCUUCACUGAGUUGCUCAAAAGGUGCUGUGGAGGAACUCAAUUUAUGCUUCUAUAAGGAUUUCACGCCUCGAGAUUGUGUGACUACAUCUAGCAUUCAAAGUGAUGUGAAUUAUUCCAAAAGCUCCUGUCCAAAAUAUGUCAGCUUGCCAGCACAAGUUUCAUUGGGGCUCAAAAACAGUGAGUCUGCAGUUUCAUGGUUCCCUCAAGAUGAAGCGCUCUGAGAUAUUAUCGGGGUGUAGGCUAUGGAGGUUGCUUCUCUGGAUCGGCUAAUGCCUUAAUACAAGACAAAAAGCAUGAGUUACACUGAUUAUUGUUAUGACAUUUAUCUGUCAUACCGAAGAACGUUUAACUGUUUAUUAACUUGUCAAGUUGUUGGACGAACUCGUGAAUAAGUUUUAAAGUUAAAACCACUUAAACUUUCAGAUGAUUUGUGGCCCCGCUCUGUGGAGCUAUUCCUUUUCCCAUGCACCCUCCCCG